GCCAGGCGUUGUGGUGGGCACCUGUAGUCCCAGCUGCUUGGGAGGCUGAGGCAAGAGAAUCGCUUAAGCCCAAGAGUUGGAGGUUGCUGUGAGUUGUGACGAUACGACACUCUACCCAGAGCGACAGCUUGCGACUCUGUCUCAAAAAAGGGAAAAAAAAAAAAAUUCAAUCUGGAAUUAAGGCCAGAACUGCCAACGGGAGCAGGAUGGGUGGUGAAGGCUGGUAGGCGGGUUUAGUUAUUUUGUUCUAGUCCCAGCAGUGCAGCCCAGAGAUCCAAAUUCUAAACAAAUAAUGUUUUUGUUUUUUCUUUCUUUCCCUCACGACUGAUACUGACCACAUACAACUCGAAUUGCGACUAGGCUGGAGAAAGAGAGCGCGAGAGAGAGCACGCUUAGAGCUUUAAAAUCUCUUUUCGUGCAACUGUACAGACGUGUCUAGAUUUAUAGCACAUGGUAGAGCAGUAAUAGCUUCCCGGGUAUUAAUUAUCACAUUAUUAAAACAAAUUUUCCAUCGUAGACAAGUCCCUUUAAGGCUGUCCUGCAAGUGGGCAGUUUGGAGCCAGUGGGGGGGCGUUCGAAGACGGUAAACGUUCCCAGGGAGAACAAGGGGAAUAAUGGAGCAGCAGGAGUUCCACACUCAGAAUCGCAGCCGUCACCAGCAUUCCGCGGGCUCCAGGACAGGCUUUUUAAGACAGGGGUCCGCUUUUUAAAACAACCACGGACCACGUGCCCACCGGCCGGCUCAGCUACUGGCUCCAGAGUAUCUCACUCGGCUUUGGCGCCGAACUUUUCCCCUCUUAUGGACGCGACCAUUGGCUACGCGCUCGGAGGUAGUAGGGGCCUACCUUACGGUCACAGCUUCUCCGAAUAAAGCUUACAACUAAGUCUCAGGAAAGGGUAAGCCAUAUAGUUCUAGAAUAAAACGAAGUGUACCUAAUGACGCCGUAGAAGGCUAGUUCUGCCGAGAGGAAAGAGCCAACCUGAACCUAAUUCCCCCUACUCCCUGUGCGGGCUGCGCGGGUGGUUCCGUCCGAAGCGCGGGCUCCACCUCUACGGGCGCCGCCAUUUUGUUUGGCUGGAGCGGAGCGAACGGAGCCGUGGGGGAGGGGUCUCGUAGGCGCCUCACCUGACCCAGGGGCCUCGCUGUUGGUAUUCCGCCGGGGAGGUCUUCCAUCCGGCUAGGGGCGCGGAGCCAUGUACAUAAAGCAGGUGAUUAUUCAAGGUUUUCGAAGUUAUAGAGAUCAAACAAUUGUAGAUCCCUUCAGUUCAAAACAUAAUGUUAUUGUGGGCAGAAAUGGAUCUGGAAAAAGUAACUUUUUUUAUGCAAUUCAGUUUGUUCUCAGUGAUGAGUUUAGCCAUCUUCGUCCAGAACAGCGAUUGGCUUUGUUGCAUGAGGGUACUGGUCCUCGUGUUAUUUCUGCAUUUGUGGAGAUUAUUUUUGAUAAUUCAGACAACCGGUUACCAAUCGAUAAAGAGGAAGUUUCACUUCGAAGAGUUAUUGGUGCCAAAAAGGAUCAGUAUUUCUUAGACAAGAAGAUGGUCACGAAAAAUGACGUAAUGAACCUCCUUGAAAGCGCUGGUUUUUCUCGAAGCAAUCCUUAUUAUAUUGUUAAACAAGGAAAGAUUAACCAGAUGGCAACGGCACCAGAUUCUCAGAGACUAAAGCUAUUGAGAGAAGUAGCUGGUACUAGAGUAUAUGAUGAAAGAAAGGAAGAAAGCAUCUCCUUAAUGAAAGAAACAGAGGGUAAACGGGAAAAAAUCAAUGAGUUGUUAAAAUACAUUGAAGAGAGAUUACAUACUUUAGAGGAAGAAAAGGAAGAACUAGCUCAGUAUCAGAAGUGGGAUAAAAUGAGACGGGCCCUGGAAUAUACCAUUUACAAUCAAGAACUUAAUGAGACUCGUGCUAAGCUUGAUGAGCUUUCUGCUAAGCGAGAGACUAGUGGAGAAAAAUCCAGACAAUUGAGAGAUGCUCAGCAGGAUGCUAGAGAUAAAAUGGAGGAUAUUGAGCGCCAAGUUAGAGAAUUGAAAACAAAAAUUUCUGCUAUGAAAGAAGAAAAAGAACAGCUUAGUGCUGAAAGACAAGAACAAAUUAAGCAGAGGACUAAAUUGGAGCUUAAAGCCAAGGAUUUACAAGAUGAAUUGGCAGGCAAUAGUGAACAAAGGAAACGUUUAUUAAAAGAGAGGCAGAAGCUCCUUGAAAAAAUAGAAGAAAAGCAGAAAGAACUGGCAGAAACAGAACCUAAAUUCAACAGUGUAAAAGAAAAAGAAGAACGAGGAAUUGCUAGAUUGGCUCAAGCUACCCAGGAAAGAACGGAUCUUUAUGCAAAGCAGGGUCGAGGAAGCCAGUUUACAUCAAAAGAAGAAAGGGAUAAAUGGAUUAAAAAGGAACUCAAGUCUUUAGAUCAGGCUAUAAAUGAUAAGAAAAGACAGAUUGCUGCUAUACAUAAGGAUUUGGAGGACACUGAGGCAAAUAAAGAAAAAAAUCUGGAACAAUAUAAUAAAUUGGACCAGGAUCUGAAUGAAGUCAAAGCUCGAGUAGAGGAACUGGACAGAAAAUAUUACGAAGUUAAGAACAAGAAAGAUGAAUUACAAAGUGAAAGAAAUUACUUGUGGAGAGAGGAGAAUGCAGAACAGCAAGCGCUUGCUGCUAAAAGAGAAGAUCUUGAAAAGAAGCAGCAACUUCUUAGAGCGGCAACGGGAAAGGCCAUUUUAAAUGGAAUAGAUAGCAUUAACAAAGUGCUAGACCACUUUCGUCGAAAAGGAAUAAACCAGCAUGUUCAAAAUGGUUAUCAUGGCAUUGUAAUGAAUAACUUUGAAUGUGAGCCGGCUUUCUACACAUGCGUGGAAGUCACUGCUGGAAACAGGUUAUUUUAUCACAUUGUUGAUUCAGAUGAAGUCAGCACAAAGAUUUUAAUGGAGUUUAAUAAAAUGAAUCUUCCUGGAGAGGUCACUUUUCUGCCUCUUAACAAGUUAGAUGUCAGAGAUACUGCCUAUCCCGAAACCAAUGAUGCUAUUCCUAUGAUCAGUAAACUGAGGUACAAUCCCAGAUUUGACAAAGCUUUCAAACAUGUGUUUGGCAAGACACUUAUUUGUCGUAGCAUGGAAGUUUCAACCCAGCUGGCCCGUGCUUUCACUAUGGACUGCAUUACUUUGGAAGGUGACCAAGUCAGUCAUCGGGGUGCUCUAACUGGAGGUUAUUAUGACACAAGGAAGUCUCGACUUGAAUUGCAAAAAGAUGUUAGAAAAGCAGAAGAAGAAUUAGGUGAGCUUGAAGCAAAGCUCAAUGAAAACCUGCGCAGAAAUAUUGAAAGGAUUAAUAAUGAAAUUGAUCAGUUGAUGAACCAGAUGCAACAGAUAGAGACCCAACAAAGGAAAUUUAAAGCAUCCAGAGAUAGCAUAUUAUCAGAAAUGAAGAUGCUAAAAGAGAAGAGGCAGCAGUCAGAGAAAACUUUUAUGCCUAAGCAACGUAGCUUACAAAGUUUGGAGGCAAGUUUGCAUGCUAUGGAGUCUACCAGAGAGUCAUUGAAAGCAGAACUGGGGACUGAUUUGCUUUCUCAACUUAGUCUGGAAGAUCAGAAGAGAGUAGAUGCAUUGAAUGAUGAAAUUCGUCAGCUUCAGCAGGAAAACAGACAGUUGCUAAAUGAAAGAAUUAAAUUAGAAGGUAUUAUUACUCGAGUAGAGACUUACCUCAAUGAAAAUCUGAGAAAACGCUUGGACCAAGUAGAACAGGAACUUAAUGAAUUGAGAGAGACAGAAGGGGGUACUGUUCUCACUGCCACAACAUCAGAGCUUGAAGCCAUCAAUAAAAGAGUAAAAGAUACCAUGGCACGAUCAGAAGAUUUGGAUAAUUCCAUUGAUAAAACAGAAGCUGGUAUUAAGGAGCUUCAGAAGAGUAUGGAACGCUGGAAAAACAUGGAAAAAGAACACAUGGAUGCUAUAAAUCAUGAUACUAAAGAACUGGAAAAGAUGACAAAUCGGCAAGGCAUGCUAUUGAAGAAGAAAGAAGAAUGUAUGAAGAAAAUUCGAGAACUUGGAUCACUUCCCCAGGAAGCAUUUGAAAAGUACCAGACACUGAGCCUCAAACAGUUGUUUCGAAAACUUGAACAGUGCAACACAGAAUUAAAGAAGUAUAGCCAUGUUAACAAAAAAGCUUUAGAUCAGUUUGUAAAUUUCUCCGAGCAGAAAGAAAAGUUAAUAAAGCGACAAGAGGAGUUGGAUAGAGGUUAUAAAUCAAUCAUGGAACUGAUGAAUGUACUUGAACUUAGAAAAUAUGAAGCUAUUCAGUUAACUUUCAAACAGGUCUCUAAGAACUUCAGUGAAGUAUUUCAGAAGUUAGUACCUGGUGGCAAAGCUACUUUGGUGAUGAAGAAAGGAGAUGUGGAAGGAAGUCAGUCUCAGGAUGAAGGAGAAGGAAGUGGUGAAAGUGAGAGAGGUUCUGGGUCACAAAGCAGUGUUCCAUCAGUUGACCAGUUCACUGGAGUUGGAAUUAGGGUGUCAUUUACAGGAAAACAAGGUGAAAUGAGAGAAAUGCAACAACUUUCAGGUGGACAGAAAUCCUUGGUAGCACUGGCUCUGAUUUUUGCCAUUCAGAAAUGUGACCCAGCUCCUUUUUACUUAUUUGAUGAGAUUGACCAGGCUCUGGAUGCUCAGCACAGAAAGGCUGUGUCGGAUAUGAUUAUGGAACUUGCUGUACAUGCUCAAUUUAUUACAACUACUUUUAGGCCUGAACUGCUUGAGUCAGCUGACAAAUUUUAUGGUGUAAAGUUCAGAAACAAGGUUAGUCACAUCGAUGUGAUCACAGCAGAGAUGGCCAAAGACUUUGUAGAAGAUGAUACUACACAUGGUUAAUAGGAAUACUGCCCUAGUUUGGAAGAUGUGUAUAGUAAUAUGAUUCUCAUACCCAGAAACUGUAAUUUAAACCUCAAUGUUUGAUCAUUAUUCAUAGUUUUCAGACUUCCGGCAUACAUAGUCCUUUUAUAUUUCUGUCUUUGUAUUUUAUAAGAUACUCUGUAAUGUUACAUUUCUACUUAUAGUUUGAGAAUUUUAUUUCCUGCACAACUUUUUGUAAAGUGUCCUGCUCCUCCUGUUUUAAAUCUUUUGAAAUAUGCUAAAUGUCCUUUCCUAAUUAUUUUAUCAAUUAUACUGCCUCUUUUUUAUAGCUUCAAUUAAAUAAUUCGUUUUGUGACUAA